CGAAAAUCGAAAUAGCCCAAGAUGGCUGGCUCAACUCAACGUUGAUCUAACCUAACAUAACUCAGGCUAACCUAAUCUGAUCUCGAGUGGCACUCGAUGUGUGUCAUGUGGCGCGUGUUCUCGACGAACAUAUUCGUGCUUGUCGAAUACGCAAACCGGCCGGAGAAGACGCGAAAACAGCAGGUGUACGAUAUCGCAAGGUCUGCUUGCCGUUCGCAUUUUUAAAAGCGGCCGAAUCGCCAGCGACCAGCGACGAGUGAAAAUGCUGCGGAGCGUCUUGAAGUCCAAGUUCGGUUACGACGAAUUCAAAAAUGACAUUCAGAAGCAGGCCACUACUGCAGUUUACAAAGGAAAGCAAGAUAUAUUUGUGUGCAUGCCCACGGGUUCUGGGAAGUCUCUCUGUUUUCAAUUACCAGCAAUAAUGAAGGAGCAUAAAGUUGCAAUUGUCUUCUCGCCGCUCCUGGCUCUGAUGAAGAAUCAAAUAGACUUUUUGGUGAGCAAGAAAAUAAAUGCCUGCUCCUUGAACUCCACUACUUCCAGCAAAGAGAGGAAUUCCAUUAUGAAAGAUAUACUGUCGGAUGCACCGAAGAUAAGAUUAUUGUACGUCACUCCUGAAAUGGGAGCGCAACAUCAUUUUCAGGAAACCAUAAUUCAAAUGCAGAAGAAAAAAACGCUUUCUUAUUUUGUUAUCGACGAAGCUCAUUGUUUGAGUGAAUGGGGUCAUGAUUUUAGACCAACUUAUAGACAGUUGGGAACGUUUAAAAAAUUAUGUCCCAAGAUACCUAUCGUUGCAUUAACAGCGACUGCUGCGAAACAGGUAAAGGACGAUAUUAUCCAAAGCUUGCACAUGAAAGAUCCAGCGAUAUUUUCUCAACCGGUAUUUCGUCCUAAUUUAUAUUACGACGUGUGGUUUCAAGAAAUGUUAGACAAACCAUUUGUACAUCUAAGAAAUUUCAUUUUGGACACCCUUGGCCCCUCAGAUAUUUCUAUUCCUAUGCACAAAAGAAAUUGUGGUAUCAUUUAUUGUAGAAAGAAGGAAGCAACUGAAACUAUUGCGCAUAAAUUGACUCUCGCGGGUAUUACUACGCUUGCGUAUCAUGGAAGCUUAAAAGCUCAGGAACGUAAUGAGGUACAAAAUAAGUGGACAACAGGUGAAGUGCCUGUUAUCGCGGCAACGUGUAGUUUCGGGAUGGGUGUUGACAAGGGAUCUGUUAGGUUUGUGGUUCACUGGACAGUACCUCAGAAUAUUGCAGCGUAUUAUCAAGAAUCAGGAAGGGCUGGCAGAGAUGGCAAUCCUGCAUUCUGCCGCAUUUAUUUUAGUCACGAAGAAUAUGGGCCUAUUUCGUUCCUUAUCAAAGAGGAAAUCUCCCAUAAGAACACGGAACUUGUAAAACUUAAAUGGCAAAAUUUUGAGAAAAGCGUUGCGUAUUGUUUAGAGGCAAAAUGUCGACAUGCGGUAUUCUCUAAAUAUUUCGGGGAUUCUCCACCGCUUUGCAAAAAUAGAUGCGAUGUUUGUAAAAAUAAGGAUGAAGUACAAGCGAGGAUUGCUCAAUUUGAAAUGUGUCAGACUAGAUCUAAAAAACCCCGAAAUAAUAUGGGUAGUGUAAUGCAAAUGGGCUACAGUGAUGAUGAUGAAAUGGAUGCAUUCAAUGAGUCAGAAGAAUCAAGGGAGAAAAUAAUAGCGGCUGAAAAGCGAGAGAGAAGAGAACUUAUUAUGGAGCAGUUUGCACUCCGACGUGGCAAAUCUAAGGAGAAUGAAGUAAGGCGACAGAAUAUGAAGGAUGCGAAAGUAGCACAUGUUCGUGCAGCCAAUAGUACGGAUAAAAAAAUUAAAGGUUUAACUGUUCAAAUACGCGAACACUUUUACAAUGAAUUAAAAACAGCGUUAUUUGAAAAUUAUGAAAAUUUGCAUACGGAAAUUGACAAACAAUUGCAAGAGGAAAAUAUGCACGAUGUAGCUAAUAGUAUAGAAUACAAAAUAUUUUCCAAUUCGAAAGUACCAAAUAAAUACAAAUUUGAUAUAUCUAAAUUGAUUUCGUCAAUACGAAAAUGUACUAAUAGUAAUACUAUGUACGAAGCGAUACGUGACUAUAAUGAGACUGAAUUUCAUAAUACCGAAUUUAAUUCUGACAGUAUCGAUAUGUCCAAUAAUGAACAAAUAAUAGAUACAGUCGAAACAGGAUUUACCGGAAAUGCUUGUCUGUCAAACAGUCGUAAAGAUACUUUCCCUUCCGCUUUCAAAACUGCAUCAGAGAUUAUAAAUGAAGAAAGAUUACGAGUAUCUACGUUAAACAAGGAUAAAAAUGCUCAAUUUAAAGAAUUAUCUGUUAGUAAUACUGCACAAAAAUAUACACACGAAAAUGAUAAACCACAGAUGGAAAUAUCAAGUGGUUUUGUUUGUGCGCGAGAAAUUCACGAGAGCAAUGUGAUUAAAUCCAAUACAAAUUCCUCUAAAUCAAAAGUUCGCAGAAGUAAAGCAGAUAAGAAUGUAAAGAGAGCAGGUAAAACAGUUUAUGAGCAGAUUUUAGCAUCAGCAUCAUCAUCAUCGAAGAAGACUACUGAUGAAAGGAGAGAUAUUUCUUUUGAAACAGAAUUGAAAGUAGACAAUAUUGUUGAUUCUAUUAAAACUGAAAAUAAAAGUAAAGAUGAAAGUAAAAAUAAAAGAGGCUAUGAAUCUAUUGAAUGUCACGAGGAUGACAUAAAAUCUGCUAAGAAAAAAAGAAUUAUACAUAACGAAUACAUCGAUAAAACUAAUGAUAAUGUAUCCGAUAAAAAUAUUGAUAAAAAAAUUUUAGGUGACAAAAUUGACACGAAAACGACUAGAAAGAGCACAGAUACAAACAUUAAUAUUACUGCUGUAAAUAAUGAUUCAUCGAGAACGACAAAAAAUAACACAGAAAAGCAUCUUAAAAUAAAAGAUAAUGUAGAAUUAAAGAAAAAGGAAGAAAUCGCACACACAUCUCGUUCAAAACAUCACACGAAUAGCAAUAGUAACAGACCAAAAGUAUUUGCAGAUAAAGCUACACAAUUUAAAACAGCAGAAAUUUUAAAGUCGUAUCUAAUGAAAUACUACCCAUCAAAACGUCUUCCGGAUAGGGCGACAUUUUCAAAAACUUGCAGAGAAAUGCAUUAUGAUAUGCUGCAAAAGAAAAUAUUUGAUAAAGAAGGAAUACACGACUUUGUUGUAAGUUUUAUGAGUCAAUCUUAAAAGAAUGUUUAUUUCACGUUUAAUAUGCUUUUUUCUUUUGUGGAAGCGACAGGAGAAUGAUGCUGUUUAUAAUCAAUGCAUUUAAUUAUGAAUAAAUUUCUCAUAUGUAUCUGCAAAUUCUCGUAUUGUAUUUAUUAAAUAUAUUUUUA